CUGUUCUAUAGUUUCCAGCCAGAGUUUUGUUGGCGCGACUGCAGCAGGAACGAUGCUAUUCUACUCAUUCUUCAAGUCUCUGGUAGGGAAGGAUGUGGUGGUAGAACUGAAGAAUGAUUUGAGUAUCUGUGGUACUCUACACUCAGUUGAUCAGUAUUUGAACAUUAAGCUGACUGAUAUCAGUGUAACGGACCCAGAAAAAUAUCCACACAUGUUGUCCGUGAAGAAUUGUUUCAUCCGUGGAUCUGUUGUGCGCUAUGUACAGCUCCCUGCUGACGAAGUAGACACUCAGCUUCUCCAGGAUGCUGCAAGGAAAGAAGCAGUUCAGCAAAAGCAGUGACCUACAAGAGCUGGAAGGGUGAAUGCAGGUUCACAAGCAUUGAUAGGUGUUUUAACUGCCUGUUUCUAUAAGACCAUGUAAAAGAGUGAGCAGCAACAUUUUACCUGUUAUACAGGUUUUGUGUAAGAGUCACACAUUUUUGCCCUUCGAAUUCCUGAAGCUUCAUGUGCAAUGACUUGUGAUGCUAUUCACUUUUGAAUCCAAGCAAUGCAAAGAAGUGGUCUCCGAUAAACAGAUUUAUUUGGGCAAGACUGAGCCCCAAGGUUUUUGUUCUUUUUUUUUUUU